AGCGCAUCCUGAUGCAGAGAUGCUGCAGUGGCUUGGGGCGCGCACACACUUACGCACCCUCGCCCGCUGCCGCUGCGCCAGGACAGCCAGUGGCUAAGGCCGGCGGGGCCAAGCAGCCGCGAGGCUGGCGGCAGGGUCUGCUCACCGGGUGGCAGCAGCGUUGCCCCAGCCAACACCCUUCCCGCACUCCAGGUGCCUCUCUGUCUCCAGUUGAUUCUUCUGGAGCUGGGCUUUGGUUCCUGCCCUCUGGACUCUGCCUGAAACACCCACCAUGGGAACACACAGCAGGAAAAAGUCAUGCUCGCUGCUGCUGGUGCUGGCUACAGUGGCCCUGGCCUCCUCUCCAGGAUGGAGUUUUGGCCAGGGAACCCCAGCUACCUUUGGACCUGUUUUCGAAGACCAGCCUGUAGGCUUGCUGUUCCCAGAGGAAUCCACAGAGGAUCAGGUGACACUGGCAUGCCGUGCCCGAGCUAGCCCUCCAGCCACCUAUAGGUGGAAGAUGAAUGGCACUAUUAUGAACCUGGAACCCGGUUCCCGUUACCAGCUGAUGGGGGGCAACCUGGUCAUCAUGAGCCCCACCAAGGCACAGGAUGCUGGUGUCUACCAGUGCCUAGCCUCAAACCCAGUGGGCACUGUCGUCAGCAAGGAGGCGGUCCUCCGCUUCGGCUUUCUGCAGGAAUUCUCCAAGGAAGAGAGAGACCCGGUGAAAACCCACGAGGGCUGGGGGGUGAUGCUGCCCUGUAACCCACCUGCCCACUACCCAGGUUUGUCCUACCGCUGGCUCCUCAAUGAGUUCCCCAACUUCAUCCCAACGGAUGGGCGUCACUUCGUGUCCCAGACCACAGGAAACCUCUACAUUGCUCGGACCAAUGCCUCAGACCUAGGCAACUACUCUUGUCUGGCCACCAGCCACAUGGACUUCUCCACCAAGAGUGUCUUCAGCAAGUUCGCGCAGCUCAACCUGGCGGCUGAAGAUCCCCGACUCUUUGCUCCCAGCAUCAAAGCCAGGUUCCCCCCAGAGACCUAUGCACUGGUUGGGCAGCAGGUCACCCUGGAGUGCUUUGCCUUUGGGAACCCUGUUCCCAGGAUCAAGUGGCGUAAAGUGGACGGUUCUUUGUCCCCGCAGUGGGCCACAGCAGAGCCCACCCUGCAGAUCCCCGGCGUGAGCUUUGAAGAUGAGGGUACCUAUGAAUGUGAGGCAGAGAAUUCUAAGGGCCGUGACACCGUCCAGGGACGCAUCAUUGUGCAGGCUCAGCCUGAGUGGCUCAAGGUGAUCUCAGACACAGAAGCCGACAUUGGUUCCAACCUGCAUUGGGCCUGUGCAGCAGCAGGCAAGCCUCGGCCCAUGGUGCGCUGGCUGAGAAAUGGGGAGCCUCUGGCCUCCCAGAACCGAGUGGAGGUCUUGGCUGGGGACCUGCGAUUCUCUAAGCUGAGCCUGGAGGACUCGGGCAUGUACCAGUGUGUGGCGGAAAACAAACAUGGCACUAUCUAUGCCAGCGCCGAGCUGGCUGUGCAAGCCCUGGCCCCCGACUUCAGGCAGAACCCUGUGAGACGGCUGAUCCCCGCUGCUCGCGGGGGAGAAGUCAGCAUCCCCUGCCAGCCGCGCGCAGCCCCAAAGGCUACCGUGCUUUGGAGCAAGGGCACUGAGAUUUUGGGGAACAGUUCCAGAGUGACUGUAACCUCAGAUGGCACCUUGAUUAUCAGAAACAUCAGUCGAUCGGAUGAAGGCAAAUACACCUGCUUUGCUGAGAAUUUCAUGGGCAAAGCUAACAGUACUGGGAUCCUGUCUGUGCGUGAUGCAACCAAGAUCACUCUAGCGCCUUCGAGUGCUGACAUCAACGUGGGUGAUAACCUGACCCUCCAGUGCCAUGCCUCCCAUGACCCCACCAUGGACCUCACCUUCACCUGGACCCUGGAUGACUUUCCCAUUGACUUUGAUAAGCCUGGAAGUCACUACCGGAGGGCCAGUGUGAAGGAAACUGUUGGGGACCUGACUAUCCUGAAUGCCCAGCUACGCCACGGAGGGAAGUACAUGUGCAUGGCCCAGACAGUGGUGGAUGGUGCAUCCAAGGAGGCCACAGUCCUGGUCCGAGGUCCCCCAGGUCCCCCAGGAGGUGUGGUAGUGAGAGACAUCGGAGACACCACUGUCCAGGUUAGCUGGAGUCGUGGCUUUGACAAUCACAGCCCCAUUGCCAAGUAUACGCUGCAAGCUCGCACUCCUCCUGCUGGGAAGUGGAAGCAGGUUCGGACCAAUCCUGUGAACAUCGAGGGCAAUGCCGAGACUGCCCAGGUAUUGGGUCUCAUGCCUUGGAUGGACUACGAGUUUCGGGUUUCAGCUAGCAACAUCUUGGGCACCGGGGAGCCCAGCGGGCCGUCCAGCCGAAUCCGGACCAAGGAAGCAGUUCCCUCAGUGGCACCAUCAGGACUCAGCGGAGGGGGCGGAGCCCCUGGAGAGCUCACUAUCAACUGGACUCCCAUGUCACGGGAGUACCAGAAUGGAGAUGGCUUCGGCUACCUGCUGUCCUUCCGCAGGCAAGGCAGCUCCAGUUGGCAGACUGCCCGGGUGCCCGGUGCUGAUGCCCAAUACUACGUCUACAGCAAUGACAGCAUCCAUCCCUACACACCCUUUGAGGUCAAGAUCCGAAGCUACAAUCGCCAGGGGGAUGGGCCUGAGAGCCUCACUGCGCUGGUGUACUCAGCAGAGGAAGAGCCCAGGGUGGCCCCUGCCAAGGUCUGGGCCAAGGGGACCUCAUCCUCAGAGAUGAACGUGAGCUGGGAGCCUGUGCAGCAGGACAUGAAUGGCAUUCUCCUGGGGUACGAGAUCCGCUACUGGAAAGCCGGAGACAAAGAAGCAGCUGCUGAUCGCGUGAGGACCGCAGGGCUAGACACUACCGCCCGAGUCACUGGCUUGUACCCCAACACCAAGUAUCACGUAACUGUGAGGGCCUACAACCGCGCUGGCACUGGACCAGCCAGCCCUUCAGCCGAUGCCAUGACCAUGAAGCCCCCACCACGACGACCGCCUGGCAACAUCUCCUGGACUUUCUCAAGCUCCAGUCUCAGCCUGAAGUGGGACCCUGUGGUACCACUCCGAAACGAAUCCACAGUCACUGGCUACAAGAUGCUGUAUCAGAAUGACUUCCACCCAACUCCUACACUCCACCUCACCAACAAGAACUGGAUAGAAAUCCCAGUGCCUGAAGACAUAGGGCACGCCCUGGUACAGAUUCGAACCACAGGGCCGGGAGGGGAUGGGAUCCCAGCAGAAGUCCACAUCGUGAGAAAUGGAGGCACAAGCAUGAUGGUGGAGAAUUCUGCAGUCCGUCCCACCCGUCCUGGCCCCUUGCUCUCCGGUGUGGUGAUACUGAUGCUCACUGGCUUCCAGAAGCUCUGAUCUGAUCACUGCCUGCCACACCCAAGCUGGACACCCACCCUAGCGGACACAGCUCCCCCUCCGACGCCAAGGUUGUCUAACACUGUGCCUGAGAGUGGUUGGCUUAGACCCAACAGUACCCUUUAUGUAGGAGGUAGGGUAUCUCUAUUCUGCCACAGGAUAGAAACCAUGCAAGGAAUUUUUCUUUGAAUCAGGAGGCACUGGGCAGUGACUUUCAUGAUUAACACUGGGCCCAAUGCCUGGACCCCUUGGGGUCCUGGACAGAAUGAACAGGCCUUUGGACAGAAGGCAUUUGAUAUACAUCUUCAGAUCAAGCGGAUGGCCCUCUGGGGUCACAUGUGGGCACUGCCAUCUGAGACAAAGGUUCCAGGCCCAGCAGGAACAUAGACAGCAGCAGGCUGAAAACAUGGUCUGUAAGUUUCCCUCUCUGGAGCAGAGGGACCUGCCUUCUAGUCCUCGCUGGAGAAGCAGCGCAGCUGGUCCCGGCCUGGUCUUCCAUGGCUCCCAGGCAGUCCUUCCUGUUUGGUAGCCAACAACCAGACCCCAGGUUACUGGGGAGAGGAGCUCCAAAGGGUUGAGAGGCUACAGCCCCUGAUGGAAAGGGUACCAGCCUGGGGCCAAGGUCUAUUCAUCACGCAGUGGCACUGCCCUCUCAGCCAGCACUGCCAACCCAACCCUGUCACCCUCCAGACUGGAUGACGGAGUGACGGAGCCACUCUAGGUGGCUAGGGGACUAAAGGGCUUGUCUUGCGGUGUUGCCUUGCCCCAUUGAGAUGCCUCCUUCCUGGCCCCUCCAGGGUAUGGGCAGGAGCCCAGCUGAAUGCCACUCUUCCCUUCAGCUCUGCCACAGACGUAUGCCUGCCUCCACCUCCCAUAAUUGCAGGCCCUGGAAACCAACCCUCAACACAGCAUCCAUCCUCCCUCCGUCCUGGGAUGGAAAGGCCUCUGAAAUGGGCCAGCAUUAAUGUGGCCAUGCCUGCUUCCAGGAGUAUCCUCCACCACCUGGCCACAAAUGCUCCCUAAGCUGCCUAGAUUACUCUCUCAAGUCCCCAGAAGAAAAGGGGGUUAAUAAAGGGGGCAGCCUACCUUGAGUUCGGGGUACAUUACCAGUGCAGACCAGACUACCAGAACUGAGGAGGCCUUAUAACUCAGCUGGCCCACACUCGGUCCUUAACAGAUGAGGAAAUGGAGGUUCAGAGGGGCUUAGGGACUUCCUAUGGUCCCAUGACCUGUAAGUGACAAGACUUGGUCAAGCACCAGAGUCUCCUGCCUACCUGUGGGAGGCAUCCUCGUCACUAAGGUGGCCGAGGCCUCUGGAGGAUGAGCCCUCUGCUUCGAGAGGUCCCGGCUGUGAGAAGAUCAGCGUGGAUGAGGCAGACUUCUGCUGGGAACUCAGGAAGUGAUGCUGGCCGGAAGCUUCUCAGGCCCUCCAAGAGGAGAGGCCAAAGCAAGGACAAGAGUUCCCGAGACCAGGACCCUGCGGCAGCAUGGCCAGGAAACCCCGGUGUCCACACCUAGGCCCACAGGAACUGCAGGGCAGGCGUCUCAAGAGGCAGCUGCCCUGUUGCUCCAUGGCCCAUUUCUGUAGUUUACAGUUAGAGCUCUAUUUUGUUAUGGGUUUUUAAACUUUACACCUUGCUCUGUUUUCCUGGGCAGGUUUAUGUUAGGAUUUACCCACCACAAUUUUUUAAAGACGUAUACUCACACACCUCCUCCCUACUGCCCCCAAUCCAACCCCUAGCUAGGGACUGCUUUCCUCGAACUGAUCAAAUUCCCCUCUCCUGCUCCUGGCACCUCACAUACAAGGGUGCUAGGGGCUCAGCCAUGUGAUCAUUCUCCCUCACCAGGACCCCAAAGUUAGUGUAGCAUCCUUCUCUACCCUACACUGGCUAAGAUUUGGCUCGGGCCUAGCCCUGGAAAGGGGAACAGAAAGAAACCCUCCAAGGUUUAUCUAUGUCCCACUGCCUUGGGCUGCAGGAGGGAUGCUAGAGAAGACAGCCAGUGGCUGGGCACUUAGGAUUGUAGAGAAGUGGGUAUCUAGAGCGAGCUGGUUUGGUUCUGGACCUAGCUCGGGAGGUGGGAGGAGGCUGCCCCUUUUCUUCUGACAAGGUCCAUGAAAAGCAGGCAGGCUGCUGGGAGACCAGAGAAGACUUAGCCUUGGGCAGGCAGAAUUUGUUUGGGGGGAUGCGGAGCGGUGCCAGCCGUCUGGGGUAGUCUGGGGGCUCCAAGUGGAGUGUUAGUGACAGCGUCACAAGACCAGAGGUGACUCACUUGUAAAUAGAAAGACUCUUGUUGAGGAAACUUGGACCCUGACUGGCUUAGAAAAGAGGGCUAGAUUAAAUGGCUUCUCAGAGACUUCCUGGCCAGGCUUGGGAGGUUGGUGGGCUUGCUCCUGCUGUGGUCAUGACUGUUAGGUUCCAUCCAUGCACAUUAAACUACAAGAGAUAAAAAGGGACAGCCACAAAUAAGUACUCUGCAGAUGUCUCUUGAGGGACAGGGAAGUGCUCUCUGUUCUGUCCGUACAAGGGCUCAGGCCACCACUGAGCUAUCUGCUCCUUGCCAUGUGAUGGUGUCUGAUGGUGUGGAUGAAGAGAGUGGUUCUGCCAUCCCGGGUGGCAGGUGACUUCCAACAGCAGGGGAGCAGGGAGGCUAUGGGGCUUGGCAAAGGACAGGAGAGGACAAAGCCAAGGGCAGAAAUGCCUGAAGGAAUGAGGAAGGGGCUUCUUUUGAGUAAGCUCUGAGGAAUUCUGAGUGCUCUUGCAGGAUCUAGGAUGACUGAAGGGGUGGGAGGUGCUGAGUCCUUCUGGAGCUGAGAUCUUAAGAAUCAAAACGCCUAACACAGGAAAGCCUUAGCGGUGCCAUCUGCUAUGGUCCCCACAGCUUAACAAAGCCAUCAAAGGGACUCAUCCACCACAGAGCAGUCCUUACCCACUAGUGCCUUCCCCCAUGGGCAUUGCCUCUCCGCAGUCCCCAAAGCCAUCCUUGCCUGUGCUCUGGCCAAGAGCUCAAUGUGGCUAAUGAGGUUUUCCUCCCCUCAUGCCUUUUCCAGGGGCACCAUUCUUUUCCUAGUGUCGAAUAGCCAAUAGGACUCCUGCAUGCCAAGGGACAGCGGUGUGCUCAUACCUGUUACUAGUUCAAGUGUGGUGUCCUGUCUCGCUAGCCAAGACCAAACCUGGUGAGGGGUCUCUGGGUAGGAUUAAGUGGGACCCUAAAGGAUGUCAAGAAGCUCACUGGAAACAGUGCUGGGAGCUGGGAAUGGAGUUGUACCAUUUGAACCUGUACAUAUGAUCACAGCCUCUGGGAAAGCAGGGCUUUAAAGGAAAACUGUAGAGGAACAAAAUAGGCCAGUCAGCUUUGUCCAGGUCCAGGAAGCCCCAGCGGCCUACGGCCUACAGUUUCUUUAGAGGAGACUCCACCUGCCUUGGCACCAGAUGCCUCCAAGUCAGCCCCCACUUCAGAGCCUGGACAGCUCUGAUCUCAGGGCUUCGCUGGCCCACGGAUGAUAGUUCCUGUUCAGAUGCGACCCCUCCACCCCAGCCCGCUGUUCACUCUUGUAAUAGUUAUUUAUUGACUCUGGUAGCAAGCAGUUCUUAAAUAAAGGUGUUUUCUCAACUUG